AUGACGGAGAGAACCCCAUGGUGGAAGGCAUUCCUGACAAAGAAAAAGCCAAGUGGCCCCAAGGAUGCAAGUGCGCCACACGUCUUCGACCCAGACUUUGACCCCUUUGCACAAAAAGAUGGCUCCACAGGGGCCUCCAAGACCACCGGCGACCUGUCCCAGCAGGACUCAGGCAAGAACUCCAGCAUGCUCAGUGACGACACCUACGACGACUCCCGCCUGGAAUCCGUCUUCAACGAGCAGACGUGUCGCAGGAACAUGAAGGUGUCCCGCUCGGGUCGGUUCAAGGAGAAGAGGAGGGUGCGCUCCAGCCUUCCCAUACAGGAGAAAGAGACACAAGAGCAUGCGGCGUCAGGGAGAGAGGAAAAACGGUGACGGGGAGGAAAAUGAUAGAGAGAGAGAGAGAGACUCCUUUGCAAAGAUGCUUGAGGAGAAGGAGAAGGAUCUGAGAACGUGAAGAUGCUUGAGGCAUUCCAAGAUGUCUGCUAUGUGUUGGUGAUG